AUGGACAGCAAAGUAUCAAACGUUCACAUUCAUGGCGCUAAAGACAGUAUACAAAAUGAAGUUAAUACAGAAGAAGCCUCACCUUCCCACGUUGACUCCACUGCGCCUCCUAACGCCGCCUCCCCUAGUGCACUGCAAACAAUCACGCAAGUAGGAGAUAAAUCUCUUCGCAUUCAAGGUGUGGAGCCUUCUACGCAAGUUAAUGUUGUUGUUGGCUCGGCUAAGGAUAGUUCUAUUACUUCUUCAAAUUCGCCUGUAAUGCCACUUCAUUCGUCGGCCAUGGCUGUUUCUUCAACAAAUUGGCCUACAAACACUUCUACGGGCAGUAAAACAACUAACUUGUCAAACUCUAACCAUUUAUCGCCCCAAAAAGAAAACAUAUCGGAUUCAAAGGGGAAUAACUUAUCUACUAACACCCAAACACCCACAACGUCCGGUUCACACGACAUGUUAACGCCUGCCAUGAAAGUGACAUCACCAGCAAACUACACGCCUGAGACGGUUAACUUCUCUUCUCCUUCCACACCAAUUGAUUCUUCGUCUUCGGGAUCAUUUAACCAAUUCCCCGUGAACCCGGAGAAGACAACUCCGGGGCAACCUACUAGUCCUAAUAAUGCUGCGAAGGCAAAACCUUUUGUCUGCUCGGUGUGCAACCAAACAUUCAGCCGUCAACAUAAUUUAAAAUCUCAUGCUCUAACACAUUCUCAGGAAAAACCAUUCCAAUGUCCAACAUGUCUCCACUUCUUUCGUAGACAUCAUGAUUUGAAAAGGCAUGCAAAGUUACAUACCGGUGAGAAGCCAUAUCAAUGUCAACAUUGCAAAAGAAGUUUUGCUAGAUUAGAUGCAUUGAAUAGACAUUUAAGAGCUGAAAGUUUUUGUGGAGGACCACAAAAAAAACUUUACCAGGGUACAGAAUCCAAGUUGGAGCAGUCACAGCAACCGCCACCCAUUCAAUUACCGCCACAGCAAACUACGCCACAGCCACAAAUGUUAAUGUCCACUCAAUCCCAGCCGCAAUCGAAAUCACAAUUACAGGUGCAAGGUGAUGUUACAACAAAAUCCCAAAACCAACAAUCAGAUUUAAAGACGAAUAUAGCAACGACACCUCAACAACAAAUAGUACAACCGCAACAAUUUAAGGAGGCUCAAAACAAGCAAACGACGAAUCCAUCAACUUCUCCCCAAGCGAAAACAGAUAUAUCGCGACAAACCCAGGAUUUCUAUAAACGACCACCGAUGAUUCACCAAGAACCAUAUUCAUGGCCGAUUCAAACCCAACAACCCACACCAAUUCAAACAAUUCCAUCACCUAAUACUCAACCUUUACAAGCAAAACCUGUCAUUUCAAUUGCAAAUCCUGCUACAACACAUCAAAUUGUAUUUCCACUUGAAACUCCGAUACCUACAAAUUCCUCGACUUCACAUUAUUCAAUGCAAUACACCCAAUCUGAAUUCAAUGUACAAGAAUCACAACGUAGGACGGUACCUGAAGCUUUGAUGGCAAAUGAACAGGAUAUGGAUAGCCGUAUUCUUCAUAACAAAGCUUCACAAAAAGAAAUGGCGCUUAUUAUUGAAAGGAAUAAUUAUUUAGAGGAACGUGUUCGAGAAUUAGAAAAUGAAGUUAUUAAUGAACGUAAAUUACGAUCUCGACGCGAAUUUCUAGAAACCAGGGUCAAUGAACUUGAGAUAGAGAAAAAGCUUCUCAAACAACUUCUUUUAGAACGUGAUACCAAUGGGAAUUCAGAUAUUAACCAAAACCAUGAAAAAAAGCGCAAAGCAACUUCUCCAAUUGAACCAUCAAACUCUAAGCAUCAAAAAGAUGGAGAGC